CUCGUUCGGAGAGUAAAACCCUAAUCGACUUUCAUAUAAACGCAGCCGAAAUGAGCUCUUUUCGCUUUCUUUAGGGUUCUGGCAGUUGACAUCGGAAGUACCAAGAGCCUUCCUCGCGAAACCUCAGAGUUCUCAUUAGCAUCUUCUCGCCGCAAUGUCGAAGAGGAAGGUUAGGGAGCCAAAGGAAGAGAACGUGACUCUUGGCCCUGCAGUGAGAGAGGGAGAGUAUGUUUUUGGAGUGGCCCACAUUUUUGCCUCAUUCAAUGACACAUUCAUUCAUGUGACUGAUCUUUCAGGAAGGGAAACCAUGGUUCGCAUUACUGGUGGGAUGAAAGUGAAAGCCGACAGAGACGAAUCAUCACCUUAUGCUGCCAUGCUUGCUGCACAGGAUGUUGCCCAGAGAUGCAAGGAGCUUGGCAUUACUGCUCUGCAUAUUAAGCUUCGUGCUACUGGUGGGAAUAAGACAAAGACCCCUGGGCCAGGUGCCCAGUCUGCUCUUCGUGCCCUUGCUCGUUCUGGAAUGAAAAUUGGCCGCAUUGAGGACGUGACUCCAAUCCCAACUGACAGCACUCGCAGAAAGGGUGGUAGAAGAGGGAGGAGGCUCUAAAGGAUGCUGUUCUAUUUUUCCCUUUCCAACGGUUGGAUCUACAUUUCAGUUUUGCAGUUGAUGUGUUUCCUUUUGCCUGGGAAAAAAAAAUCUAUUUGAACUUUUUGUAGAAAAGAUGUUGGGAUCAGAGUAUCAUUUUCUCUCGUAGUUACCCUUUCAAUGUUAGCAUGUUUUGGGAGAGAACUUUUCUCUGAAUUUACUUUGUUAGUUUGUUUUGUAUUCCAUGACAAUUCACAUCGUGGUUUGAUGAUUCCUCCUUUUCAAAGA